GGACAUCUGAUCUGCAGACACUCUAAGAAGAUAGAAUAGUUAGAAAGACCACGCUAAGAAUGGAUGCAAGGACAUAUACAACUGCAUUGUUAUUGCUAUUUUGCUGUCAUCACAUAAGUUCGGAGGAAUCAAAUAGAAUAAGACGAGACACAGACAAAAGAACGGAUGAAAUUGUGGAAGAAAAAAGAAAAUUUGACUCAAUCGGUAGACAUGGAAUGUCAGGUUUUGUGAAAAGACGAUUUGACUCGAUAGGGAAUGCCGGUGGAUUCUCUAGCUUUGUAAAGAAAGAUGAUGAGAAUGAUGGUGAAACGAAACGUGGAUUUGAUCGUAUAGGAUCGGCUGGGUUAAGUGGAUUUAUAAAGCGAAAAUUUGAUUCUAUAGGCGGAGGUAGAAUGAGUGGAUUCGUGAAAAAAGACAACAACUUACAAAAACGUCGGUUUGAUUCUAUAAGCGGUGGUGGCAUGAGCGGCUUUGUUAAAAAGGACAAUGAGGAUAUGGAAAAACGACGAUUUGAUUCUAUAAGCGGGGGAGGCAUGAGUGGCUUCGUUAAAAAGGACGACGAGGAUAUGGAAAAACGGCGAUUCGAUUCUAUAAGCGGAGGAGGCAUGAGCGGAUUUGUAAAAAAGGACGACGAUGAUGUGGAAAAACGGCGAUUCGAUUCUAUAAGCGGAGGUGGUAUGAGUGGAUUUGUUAAAAAGGACAUGGAUAAAAGAAGAUUUGAUUCAAUAAGCGGAGGUGGAAUGAGUGGAUUUGUGAAAAAGGAUACAGACAAGCGCCGAUUUGAUUCAAUCAGCAGAGGCGGAAUGAGUGGAUUUGUUAAAAAGGACACAGACAAGCGACGAUUUGAUUCAAUCAGCGGAGGCGGAAUGAGUGGAUUUGUUAAAAAGGACACAGACAAGCGCCGAUUUGAUUCUAUCAGCGGAGGUGGAAUGAGCGGAUUUGUUAAAAAGGACACAGAAAAACGACGAUUCGAUUCAAUCAGUGGAGGUGGUAUGAGUGGGUUUGUGAAAAAAGAUGAUGACGUAGACAAGCGUCGAUUUGAUUCAAUCAGUGGAGGUGGAAUGAGCGGAUUUGUGAAAAAAGACGCAGAAAAACGACGAUUCGAUUCAAUCAGUGGAGGUGGUAUGAGUGGGUUUGUCAAAAAGGAUGCAGAUAAACGACGAUUCGAUUCAAUCAGUGGAGGGGGAAUGAGCGGAUUUGUAAAGAAGGACGACGAAGAUAUGGAAAAACGCCAUUUUGAUUCAAUUUCAGGCGGCAGAAUGAACGGGUUUGUUAAAAGAGAUAUGGACAAACGACGAUUUGAUAGAAUUGGUCACGGUUUUAGUAGCUUUUCAAAACGACGGUUUGAUCCUAUAUCUCGUGGGUCUGGUUUAAACAGUUUUGUUAAACGGCCCUUCGACGGAAUAUCUAGAGGAGCAGGAUUUACUAGUUUUGCAAAGCGACAUUUCGAUUCUAUACAUAACGGAUAUGGUUUAAGUAGCUUUGCAAAAAGAAAGUUCGAUUCAAUAAACCAUGGUCGCCUUUCGUCAUUUAACAAAAAAAGUUUUGACUCAAUACAGAGAGGGGGAAUGCGAGGAUUUGUCAAGAAAGAUUCGCUUGAAAUUUAAACAAGAUAAUUUAUAUGCAUACACAAUACAUUCAUAACACAUCAUCGGUGUUUUUGUUUUAGCAGUAUAAUGUUGAUAAAAAGACUGUGAUACAACUAUGUUUAAUCUAAAAAGUUGUUUUGGAUUAAAAUCUAUGAUUAUGUUGGAGAAAUGUGAUAAUGAAGGAAGCCGUUAUAUAUAUGUAGACCAUAUAGGCUUUGAAUUAACAACGAAUUAUUUCGGUCACUACAAAUAAAUUUUAGAACGGCUUAAAGCAUAAUAUGAUAAUUUGGAAUAAAUAAAAUAUAUAAAGAUACAAAGUAAAAAUAGAUAGUAAAAAUAUAAAUAAAGCACAGACAGAUAUAUUUGGCUCUAAUAAAACCUUUCACAACUGUCUGUAUGAAACACUCACCUCCAUGUUUGUGACCUAAGAUUUAUUAAAGGUGUAAUAUUCAAAAAAUAUUGUAAGUGUUUAAGUAUGCAAUACGGGAGGGGACGUGUUGGACUUAAAUUAAAAAAUGUUCAUCCCAAUUAAAUUAUUAUAUAUGUAUAGGAACACAUGUACAGACAGAACAUAACUUGUUUAUGAUAUUUUGUUAUUGUCUUGAGGAUUUUAUUUACAGAUAUACUUUUACAUUGCCAUAUUGUUUACUAUUUUUGAUCAAGUAAAUGAGACAAUAAAAA